AGCACAGAUAGCUCUCUCUCCCUUACGCACGGAUAGCUGUUCUUCGGGAGGCGUUAUGAGAGCAGCUAUAUUCUCCCAAAGGAGCUUAACUUUCCGAUAGAUAAAAUGCCGAGUGGGGCAUGUUUGAAGACUUAAGUGUGAAAUCCUUGACAAGAGAGAAAUGCUGCAUUAGGAGAUUGCUUUGCAGGAAAUGAGCAAGCUCCUGGCUGUGAUAUUAUAUUGCAGUCAUGGCGCCCAAGAAGAAGAAUGUCAAAAAGAACAAGGCGGAUAUCAAUGAGUUAACCAUUAUAGUGGAGGAUGGGCCUCUCAGCAAGCUCAAUGGAUUGAAUACCUUCCUGGAAGGAGGCAAUGGCUUCAGUUGUGUUUCCACAGAAGUUUCUGAUGCUUUCUAUAGUCCCAACCUCUUGGAAGGUUUGUGUAGGAUGAGGCUGGAAAAUUUUCUCUGUGAUUUAAUAAUUGGUACCAAAACCAAGUCCUUUGAUGUCCACAAGGUGGUGAUGGCAUCAUGCAGUGAUUACUUCCAUAACAUCCUAAAGAAAGAUCCAUCAACUCAAAGAGUGGACCUCAAUGACGUAUCCCCACUAGGCCUAGCCACUGUGAUUGCGUACGCCUAUACUGGAAAACUUACACUAUCCCUGUAUACUAUAGGUAGUAUUAUCUCCACAGCCAUUUAUCUUCAGAUACAUACCCUUGUGAAGAUGUGCAGUGACUUUCUGAUGCAGGAAAUCAAUGUGGAGAAUUGUAUGUAUAUUGCCAACAUUGCAGAGACAUAUGGACUGAAAACUGCUAAGGAAGCAUCACAGAAAUUCAUUAGAGACAAUUUCAUUGAGUUUUCAGAAUCAGAUAAUUUCUUAAAGCUUACUUUUGACCAGAUUAACGAACUUCUUGCAGAUGAUGACUUGCAGUUGCCUUCUGAGCUUAUUGCAUUCCAGAUUGCAAUGAGAUGGCUGGAAUUUGACCAAAAAAGAACUAAGUAUGCUGCAGAUCUUUUGAGCAACAUUCGGUUUGGUACCAUCUCUGCCCAGGACCUGGUGAAUUAUGUUCAGACUGUACCAAGAAUGAUGCUAGAUACAGAUUGCCAUAGACUUCUGGUAGAUGCCAUGAAUUACCACUUACUUCCUUACCACCAGAAUACUCUACAGUCAAGAAGAACCAGGAUUCGUGGAGGAUUUCGAGUUCUAGUUACAGUCGGGGGACGUCCAGCUUUAACAGAAAAAUCUCUUAGCAGAGACAUUUUAUACAGAGAUCCUGACAAUGGGUGGAAAAGACUUACAGAGAUGCCUGCCAAAAGCUUCAACCAGUGUGUCACCGUGAUGGAUGGAUUUCUCUAUGUGGCAGGUGGCGAAGACCAGAACGAUGCCAGAAAUCAAGCAAAGCAUGCAGUCAGCAAUUUUUGCAGGUACGAUCCUCGCUUCAACACUUGGCUACAUCUGGCCAAUAUGAAUCAAAAGCGCACUCAUUUUAGUCUGAAUGUGUUCAACGGUCUCCUUUUUGCAGUCGGGGGUCGCAAUUCUGAAGGAUGUCUCUCUUCGGUUGAAUGUUAUGUCCCUGCAAUUAACCAGUGGCAGCUGAAGUCUCCACUGGAGAUGCCCAGGUGCUGCCAUGCUAGUGCAGUAGUAGAUGGUAGGAUCUUGGUCACAGGAGGCUAUAUCAAUAAUGCUUACUCCCACUCGGUUUGCAUGUAUGACCCCGCUAGUGACAGCUGGCAAGACAAAGCCAGCCUUAGCACCCCGAGAGGAUGGCACUGUGCCAUUGCCCUAAGGGAAAAGGUCUAUGUCAUGGGAGGGUCCCAACUGGGAGGGCGAGGGGAAAGAGUUGAUGUGCUUCCUGUCGAGUGCUAUAGUCCAUAUUCUGGCCAGUGGAAUUAUGUUGCUCCUCUUCCCACUGGCGUGAGCACUGCUGGUGCUUCUACUCUUAAUGGAAGUAUUUACUUAGUGGGAGGCUGGAAUGAAAUAGAAAAGAAAUACAAGAAAUGUAUUCAGUGUUACAACCCCGACCUUAAUGAAUGGACCGAUGAAGAUGAGCUACCUGAAGCCACCGUAGGAGUGUCAUGCUGCACCAUUGCCAUGCCCAACACUAAGACCAGGGAAUCGAGAUCUAGCUCGGUAUCUUCGGUACCAGUUAGCAUUUAAGUUCUUCUUUUUUUAAUUAAUCACUCCCCCUCCUAUAGAUUUUAAAAAGCUAUACUAAAUUUUUAAAAUGUUUCUUUCUCACCACUGGGUCGUAAUCCCUUUUAAAAAGCGUCCCUAUCAGAAGGGAUUGAGGAGAGAAGCAUUAAAAGCUAUUGGCAUGCGUUUCAGUUUUAUAAAAUAAAAAGUGGCCAAUUUUCAUGGGAUUUGAAAACACAUGGUAUGAUCAAAGAAAUUUAAAAUCUAAUACAUUUUAUGCACUACAAAUGUGCACCAGAAGACAAAGGCCUCUGAUCCGUUGAUCAUCACCAAGUUCCUUACUUCCUGUGGGACCUCUUGUUCAGAUUCUGCAAUCGAUUUAGAAAAACUUAAGUGUUUCCAAGCACAUGGCUCAAAGCAUGGCUGAUCAGAAGGCAUAGUUCAGCUAAGUCUCCCUCCAUAGGGGUAAAGGUAAAAGAUGGAGCAAUAUAUCAGAAUUACAAAUGGAAGACUAAUAUUUCUAAAGUCCAUGGGCAUUUGAGGUUGGGAGCAAAUGACAUCAUACUCAUCAUAAUAUCAUAGGGCAAGGGACAUGAAUUAUAUAAUUUGCAUCAAAGAUACAACUGAGGCCAAUUAGAGAAUUCACAUUAUUUGCAUAUUGACACCAGUAAUGUCAUCCAGGCUUCUUACAGACAUCUAUAUUGGAAUCUUCUGCAAACUUCUGUGAAUAAAACAAAAUAAUGUGACUUAGCAGGAAGCAGUUAGUAUUUUAAAUAAGGAUUUGUUUCCAGAAUGCAGCGUUUUGCUUUAUUGUUGUUUACUGAAUAAAUCAUAAUUGGCUAAACUCACACAGUAAGCUAAAUCAUUGCUUACAAAGCUUAGUGGCUCAGUUCCCAUGACAUGCUAAAUCACAGGCAAAUCACAUAUAGUGAAUUAUAUGAAUCUACCUAUAAUCUAUAAGAAGGCAUGAAAAUAGAUUAACUCUAUAAAUAUGAGAAUAUAGAUAUAAGUAAAAUCUAAAAUUAUGUCAUAUUUCUGCAGUGCCUGGGACUCUGUCAACAGAUCAAUGAAAUGUUUACAUGCAACGAUAAAGUUCACCCUGUGGUUAGGCUUAUGAAACUGUGAUUAUGCUGACCCAAGGUCUGCAAAAAGUCAUAUGAUAUGUCAUCUGAAUUUGGAAGGGAGGGGAUUUAGCUUAAGGUUUAAUUCACUUUCUUCCUAAACAGGAAGCAAGAAUAGUUGCACAGUGCAGCUGCUUCAACCAAGGUCCUCACACAAUUUCUUCAACUCAUGCAUGUUGUAUGGAAUAAAAUAAAGAUGCCAGAGAAAAGGUGGUAGCUUAGCUUUCCUUCACUCUACAUAAAUGAGUCGCUUAAAAAAAAAUUAACAUAUCACACACAUACAUAUCAGGAAAUGUCAGCCAGGCAGUUCAAAGCUAAGAUGGUGGGGAUACUUGAUGACAUAGCAUCAAGGCUUCUUCAUGGUACUCAAUACCAUCUGGCAUGGCAUAUAUGCAUAUAUAAGGCUAGCCCCAAAUAGUUAGAAAGUUACAGUAAAGAAAUAGUACAUCAGGUUUCAUACAUUGCACUAAACCAUAAUGUAUUUAAUUUUGUCUUAUCAAGUUCUACAAAUCCAGCCAACUGUGCUUUAUUCAAUAAAACAUGGUUAAACAAAGGCUUAACGUGUGACAACCUGAUCGAAAUUCCAAAACAGCCAUCUAUGCAAAACACAGUAUGUAAGGACUGUCAUGUAAGCAUGUGCCUCAAGAAGUCUUUCCCUUCACUUUGCUCCUUAUACAUCUUGUACUCCCAGCCCAAUUCUGUUCCAAAAAUAUUUACAACUCUCUGGAAAAAGUCUGAGGAUGCAUUAACAGGAAUGAAUUGCCUCCCACCAUUUUACAAAAAGAAGCCCUUCUGUUCAUGAAAGGUCUUAAAUGUGCACUGUCCAAAAUUUCUGUUGACUUUAUUAUUUCUGAAUUGUAUUCUGAUAGUUUCAUUUCUCUAAUGCCUCUUUAAAAAUAAGCGCCAUUGGGCUUAAUGGAGCUUCUUUUUAAACAAACAUACAUAAAAUUACAACUUUGA